GGUAUUUUUCAUCUCCAUUCCAAUUGUUUAAUUUUUAGAAUUAAAAAUGAAAUGAGUUAUAGGUUAAAAAGUAGUUAAGAAGAAAAAAUUUGCUUUACAAUUACUUGUGGUGUAAGGUGCAUAAAUUUAGUUAAAUAAAAUACGGCUCCUAAUUGGAAUUUUACAUGAGUUAUGUAGUGCAACGUCAAGAAAACGAAUACCGAGGCAAAGAAAAAAGUCUGAAUUUUCCCAAACAACCCCCAAAUCAACUUAACACAAAAUAAGUAGUCAGGAUCGAAAAGUUGUCAGCGGACGGCACACGCCUACAAGAGUGUGUGUUUGCGUUGUUGACCGCUGUGUUGGCGGUGUUUGCAAUGGAAAACGAAUCUGUUAAGUCAGAACACAGCGGACGAUCUAGACGUUCUCGCAAUCACAAUAAUAAUAACAGCUCUAGCACUGGCGGCGGUGUUUUAGGUAAUAACGGCGGAGGUGGCACUGUAAAUAACGGUUAUCAUCGGGAUCGCACAAGGCAUUCGCAUCGUAGUGGACAUACAAAAUCAAGUGGUAAGCACCAACGUGGCGAUAUGGCACCGUUUCAAACGAGCGUUAAUAUGACAGGUGAAGAGAAUCGCGAUGGUCAAGAGAUAAUCGAGGUACAAAUACUACCGCAAGACGAAAAUUGGGGUGAAAACACAACAGCAGUUACGGGAAAUACAUCAGAACAAAGCAUAUCUAUGGAAGACAUUAAUAAUGCAUGGCAUCGAGAAAACGAUACGAGUUUUGGAUUUGCUUGUCGACGACGUUUGGAAUCAGCCUUUUCGCUCUUACUAGGGUUUGUAUCGUUCUUCUCGCCGGUAGCCAUGGUGGUAAUGCCACGCAUGGGUUUGUUUCCAUCUGCCUUCGAUCACGCCGAACUCACGCAAACGGUGCGCACACAACUCUUAGCAUGUAGUAGCGAAUGUAAAGGCUUGCUGGUGUCACUAACUGCACGACUUAUACUACUGGCAAUCGGCUUGUGGGCGCUCUUUAUGCGUCGCUCAGCCGCUACUAUGCCAAGAAUAUUCCUGUAUCGUGCCGUUGUGCUGCUACUUGUCACCAUUUGCACAUUUGCUUAUUGGCUGUUCUAUAUGGUGCAGGUCACUAAUGGCGCCAAAGUGGUGGUGGAAACAGGUGGUGAUGCAGUUAAUUACAAAUCACUAGUUGCUUACGCAACAAAUUUGGUCGAUACGCUGCUCUUCAUACACUAUAUUGCCGUUGUUUUACUCGAACUACGCCAUCAACAACCUAUGUAUUAUGUCAAGAUUAUACGUUCACCAGAUGGUACAUCCCGCUCUUAUAUGCUAGGUCAAUUGAGUAUACAGCGUGCAGCUAUUUGGGUACUUCAACGAUAUUAUGUAGAUUUUCCGAUAUUUAAUCCGUAUCUAGAGCGCAUACCGAUUUCGAAAUCACAACGCAAUAAAAUCUCCACUAGUUUUAAAUACUACGAAGUGGAUGGUGUUAAUAAUGCACAACAGCAGAGUCAAAGUCGUGCCGUAUUAGCGGCCAAUGCACGCCGACGCGAUUCAUCACACAAUGAACGCUUCUACGAGGAACACGAAUAUGAACGCCGGGUCAAAAAGCGGCGUGCGCGCCUUAUCACAGCCGCAGAGGAGGCAUUUACGCAUAUCAAACGCAUACACAAUGAGCCCGCACCAGCAGUGCCACUUGACCCGCAAGAAGCGGCACAAGCGGUAUUUCCAUCGAUGGCACGUGCCCUGCAAAAAUAUUUACGCGUCACACGACAACAACCACGACACACGUUCGAAAGUAUAUUAAAGCACUUGGCGCAUUGUCUCAAGCACGAUCUAUCGCCACGUGCAUUCCUUGAGCCAUACCUAACAGAGUCGCCAGUAUUGCAAAGCGAAAAGGAACGCCGUUGGGUACAAUCGUGGUCGUUAAUUUGUGAUGAACUUGUAUCACGACCAGUCUCAAACGAGUGUACAUUCCAACUGAUACAAAACGAUGUCUCACUCUUAGUCUCCAUACACAAGUUGCCGCAUUUUAAUAUUGCCGAAGAGGUUGUCGAUCCAAAAAGCAAUAAAUUUGUACUGAAAUUAAACUCUGAAACAUCGGUAUGACAGCAAACGACUGCAAAUAUGACACCGACACCGACGCACAGCAAUGUAACGCAAUCCUCAUAUUUACAUAUGUUUGUAUAGGUGCCAAUCUCAACUUCAUGCGGUCUACUACACAUUCAUACUAUCUACUCGUACUUACAUAUACAUAUAUUACGUAUCCUCAACAAUGGAAGUUAUUGUUGGUGGCUAAACAUUUUUGAAAUGCUCACUAUCCCCAGUGUAUCCUAAUCAUUGACACGCACACAUAUCAAAUAAGUAAUAUCAACGCUGUUCUACGUAUAAUUCUAUCGUAUUUCCGAAGUCUUAAUAGUGACAGCCAAACCGUAAUAAUGCAUUAAUUUUAAGAAUCUCACAUUGGGUGUAAGUAUUAGGGGUUUUAAAUAGCUUUUUUAAGAAACAGAAAGAAAAUGUAGGAUUUUAAAAUAUGGUAAUACUUGUAAUUUUUUAUUUAAUUACGCUAAAAGUGUGCAUAUGGCAGCAUAUUUUAUGGACUCAAAAUAAAAUGUACUGCGUAAAAUAUUUUCCUUAAGGCUUCAAUCUACAUAAGUAUCUAUUAGCAUUAUCGUGAUUCUAUUUGAUUUUGUUUUUUAAUUUGUAAACACAAUUUUAAGUU